AUAAUGUGGCACCGCCUGUAUACUGUACACCUAGUGUUAUUUCUGUACGACUUGGAAGCUGAUAUUUGAGACAGUCUGCGCGUCGUUGUAAGCUCAGAGUGAAUUAAAUGCGUGUUUAUGUUAUUAGACUGUAUUGAAUGUCAUGUGUUGGAAGUGUUUCAUUUAAAUGUGCCCGUUAAAUGUCCCUCGUUAGCUAGCGUCGUUGUUAGUUAGUUAGUCUGCCCCUGGACCUUGCCAAGUCAUUCAUUAUCAGAGUAGCUAGCAUCAAGCUAGCUCAUGUUUCUAGCAGGUUACCUCCCACCCAUUCAGUUACGUUUGUCAGAAGUUCCCACCGUAGAGAAGGCUAGUUUAUUUGACCAAAUCAAUACAUGUUUACCAGACACACGUCUUAGCAGCAUUUUCAUUGACAGCUUCUGGCUAGAAAAGUUAGCUAACUACCACUGGAAAGGUGUGCUGCAGGCAGGUAGAUGACAUGCAGGGUGAGUCAUGGACCAGAUCACCUUCCAUUAUGACACGGUGCUGUCUGACGUUCACCUGUUGCUGCCCAACUCUCGCCACCUCAUGGCACGCCUCAACCGCGUAGGACAACCAGUUUUCAUCUCCCGGUUCAGAAUCCUGUGGGACGGAACGAAGCAGCGCACCUGUGACCUCGGUUCCCCCUGCGGAGGGGAAAAGUUAGACCGCGACACCCAGGAGAAGAGUGGAAGGGGAGAUGCUAGAGGGAGUGAGACUGGAGCUGACGGAGGAGUGGACAGGGAUGAGGACGGAGGGGCUGACGGAGGAGUGGACAGGGAUGAGGACCGAGGGGCUGACGGAGGAGUGGACAGGGAUGAGGACCGAGGGGCUGAUGGAGGAGUGGACAGGGAUCAGGACAGAGGGGCUGACAGGGAUGAGGACGGAGGGGUAGAACCACCCCUGGAUGAAGAUGGAGAUUUAGAGGUACCACGCAGGCCCAGACAAAGACUCCCUGAGAGGGACAGAGACAUGGUCUACCCCAUCAUCCUCAGCCAGGCAAGAAGAGAUGAAGAGGAGGAGGAUGAGGAGGAGGAGUGUCCUAGAGACGUCAUCAGGAUAGAACACACUAUGGCCACGCCUUUAGAAGAUGUUGGCAAACAGGUCUGGCGUGGCGCCUUCCUAUUGGCUGAUUUAAUCCUGUCUCAGCCAACUACAUUCAGAGGAGCCACCGUCUUGGAGUUGGGGGCAGGGACUGGGCUGACCAGCGUAGUCAUGGCAACGGUGGCCAAAACAGUGUACUGCACAGACGUUGGGGAGGACCUACUGAGCAUGUGCCAGAAGAACGUGACGUUGAACAGACACCUGAUGGAACCGGCAGGUGGGGAGGUGCGAGUACGUCUACUGGACUGGCUCAGACACGAUCUCUGCACAGACGCUGAUGCAGAGUUUGGAUGGACAGAGGAUGAAGUGGCAGAUCUCCAUGACAACACAACAAUUAUCAUCGCAGCUGACGUGUGCUACGAUGACGACCUAACAGAUGCGCUGUUCCGAACUCUGUACAGAAUCUGUAACAACCUCCGUCUCCCCUGUACCACAUACCUGUCUAUAGAGAAGAGGCUGAACUUCACUCUGAGACACAUGGACAUAUCCUGCGAGGCCUACGACCAUUUCCGCCACUGUCUGUGUGAGAUGCAGGAGCUGAGGGACGGACGGACAUGCUUCACAGUGGAGCAGGUCACACCCUCUUUCCCACAGUGUCUGCUGUAUGAGCGCAUAGAGCAACUGGAGUUGUGGAAAGUGACAGCGGUGCCUGUCUAACCCUCUGAGGAGCUGACCUGCUCCUAGACCUGCUCCUUGACCUGCUCCUAGACCUGCUCCUUGACCUGCUCCUAGACCUGCUCCUUGACCUGCUCCUAGACCUGCUCCUAGACCUGCUCCUUGACCUGCUCCUAGACCUGCUCCUGGUGUUUUCGGAGCCUCUUGUGGUCAGUGUUGAGAAGGUAUUGAUAAAACAUAUAGAUUAUUUAGUGAACUAAUAGCAGUCAUUUCAAUCAGGGCAGCUGGACAGCACUGAACAAAGACACUAGGAAUGAUCUCUGUAAAUGAACUCACUUGUUAAAUAAGAUGUUUUUAAGCUCAGACCAGGGGUCGUGAUAUAUAUAUAUAUAUAUAUAUAUAUAUAUAU